AUGACCACCACAUCCUCUGUUUUCAUUACAUAUAUUCCACUGAAAAGGAUGGAACCAGAUCUUGGCAAGCUCUUCAUUGGCGGGAUUUCCUGGGACACAGAUGAGGAACGGCUCAAAGAAUAUUUCAGGAAAUAUGGAGAGGUGGUGGAGGCUGUGAUCAUGAGGGAUCGUGCAACCGGUCGUGCUCGUGGCUUUGGUUUCGUUGUCUUUGCGGAUCCUGCAGUUGCAGAAAGAGUCAUUAUGGAUAAGCACAUGAUCGAUUGCCGCACAGUGGAAGCAAAGAAGGCUGUUCCUAAGGAGGAUCAGAACAUUUUAAACAGAACUGGGGUUGCUCAUGGUUCCCCUGGUCCUGGACGCACGAGAAAGAUUUUUGUUGGAGGUUUAGCAUCCACAGUCACUGAGAGUGACUUUAAGAAGUACUUUGAUCAAUUUGGUACAGUCACUGAUGUUGUAGUAAUGUAUGAUCACAACACCCAAAGGCCAAGAGGCUUCGGAUUUAUCACUUAUGACUCGGAGGAGGCAGUUGACAGAGUUCUGCAUAAAACAUUUCAUGAACUCAAUGGUAAGAUGGUUGAGGUCAAGAGGGCAGUCCCUAAGGAGCUAUCUCCAGGGCCUACUCGGAGCCCUCUGAUAGGAUACAACUAUAGUCCAGGUAGGACCAGUAGUUUGCUUAACGGUUAUGCUCAGGGUUAUAAUAUGAGCCCAAUUGGAGGUUUCGGAAUCAGUAUGGAUACUAGGUUCAAUCCACUUUCUAGUGGUCGUAGCGGGUUGUCUCCAUUUGGCACUACUGGAUAUGGACUGGGUAUGAAUUUAGAGCCAGGAUUGAGCCCGACCUAUGGAGGGAAUUCCAACUUUGGCAAUAGUCUAGGAUAUGCACGGAUGUUGAGCCCCUAUUAUAAUGCCAAUUCAAACAGGUAUACUACCCCUAUUGGAUAUAAUGCAGGUAAUGGAAGGAGCAGUUCUGUAGUAAGCUCAACUAAUCGGAAUGUCUGGGCAAACAGUGGCAUCAACAAUAACAUACACCCUGCCAGUACUGGGGGUUACUUGAGUUCUGAAAAUGGGGGCUUUGGAGUUGCUAUAGGAAAUAAUGAUUCAAAUUGGGGCCCUAAUUCUUUUUCAACUCAAAGUAGAGGCAGUGCUUCUGGAUAUGCUAGUGCCGGUGGUUAUGGUAGUGGAGAAAGCAGCUUUGGGUUGGGAGGAGGAGGAUACGGAAGAAACAGUGGUACUGGGGUUGCCCCAACAUCAUCAUUUCCCACAUCAACUGUUGGUUAUGAAGGGUCUUAUGGGGACUUGUACCAUAGUGAUUCAGUUUAUGGUGACUCAACUUGGCGCUCUACCAGUCCUGAGCUAGAUGGUUCUAGCACAUUUGGUUAUGGCCUGGGUGAUUUACCUGCAGACAUCACAGCCAAUGGUUCUGGGGGCUAUAUUGGAAGUUACAAUGUUACCAGUAGACAACCAAAUAGAGGUGCUGGUAGAUGUCUAACCCUUCCAGCACCCUCCCAAGCGAUCGUGAGGCGUGGAUACGGCCACGUGUCGUGUAAUGUGGAAGACUCUGGUGCACUGCCAUGUACAGACAGAGCCGAUACAAAAACAAUGAAUGAGAGAGGUGUUCUGUUCAUACCUUUGGAACGAGGCUGCUUAAAGACAGCCACUGAUGCUGUUUUGAUCCAGAAGAUAUGGCUACUUUCUUGUUAUAUAGUUUCUAAAGCUCAAAGAGUUCCUGCUCUAGCAAUGGCAACAGACCAGAAUCUCAAAGAUCUCCAAUGGGCUCUGGAAGCCAUCAAAUCAGAAAGCCUCAACCUACACAACAUUUCCUUCUACCUUUCUCAGCCCACUUCUGGCUGCUACCAGGAAACAGAAAGCUCCAUCAACAUAAACAUUUCAAAAGACAGCCUCUCUUACUUUUCACAGUUCCUCACAGUUUUGGGAACAGCCAAAACCAACCAGCUGCUUCUCAGAAACUUGGAGUUCCACCAGAUUGAAUGGGAACUACAACAACUGCGCAAUCUUGCUGUGUUGCUUGAGAGUUGUUCAAACAUCAAGCAAGUUGUGUUCAAGAGAAACAGAUUUGACAAACAAUGCCUGUCAGAGUUGUCUGAGAUUCUGAAGAGAAAUAGAGUGAUCAAAGAGAUAAUGUUUUCUGAAUCGGCUAUUGGGUCUGCUGGAGCUGGAUUUCUUGCUUCUGCUCUUAAGGUGAAUGAGAGCUUGGAGGAGCUACAGAUAUGGGAAGACUCCAUUGGGUCAAAAGGCGCAGAAGAGCUCUCAAAGAUGAUUGAAGUGAACUCAACACUGAAGCUGUUGACAAUAUUUGACUCGUAUUCGAUCACUGCAACUCCACUUAUUUCUGCAGUGUUAGCAAGGAAUAGGACUAUGGAAGUCCAUGUUUGGAGUGGAGAAAAUGGAGAAAGAAGUUCUAAGGUGGUUGAGUUUCUACCUGAGAAUAGCACACUUCGAAUUUACAGGCUCGACCUUUCAGGCGCAUGCCGGGUUGCCUGUGCUCUCGGGUGGAACUCAACUGUCAAGUCACUCGACAUGACUGGUGUCCGGCUGAAAUCAAGAUGGGCUAAGGAGUUUCGAUGGGUUUUGGAACAGAAUCACAGCCUCAAAGAGGUAAACUUGUCCAAAACUUGCCUGAAAGAUAAAGGAGUUGUGUAUGUAGCAGCUGGACUCUUCAAGAAUCAGAGUUUGGAGAGCUUGUAUUUGGAUGGAAAUGCUUUCGGAGGUAUAGGAGUUGAACAUUUACUCUGUCCUCUGAGCAGGUUCUCUGCCCUGCAGUAUCAAGCAAACAUUACUUUAAAAUCUGUCACAUUUGGAGGUGGAAGAACCAAGAUUGGAAGGGAGGGACUUGCAGCCAUUUUACUGAUGCUGACGACCAACGAAAGUUUGACUCGGUUAGGGAUAUAUGAUGAUGAGAGUUUAAGAUCAGAUGACUUUGUUAAACUCUUCAAAAGUUUGGAGAAGAAUGCUGCCUUGAGACACUUAUCUUUACAGGGCUGCAAGGGUGUUCAAGGAGAGUUGGUACUGCAGGCAAUCAUGGAGACAUUACAGGUAAAUCCUUGGAUUGAAAAUAUUGAUCUUGCAAGAACACCACUGCAAAACUCAGGAAAGACCGACGGCAUUUAUCAAAGAUUAGGCCAGAAUGGGAGGCCUGAACCAGAAAUGGAUUUGCUUAAGGACAUGCCACUUACAGUACCCAAGAGUUGUAGAGCAUUUUUCUGUGGACAAGAAUAUGCAGGUAAGUCUACAUUGUGCAACUCCAUAUUGCAGAGUUUCUCUUCUUCAAAGAUUCCCUAUGUGGACCAGGUAAGAUCUCUAGUGAACCCAGUUGAGCAAGCUGUUAGAACAGUUGGGAUGAAGAUUAAAACUUUCAAAGAUGAGGACACAAAGAUUUCAAUAUGGAAUCUUGCUGGUCAGCAUGAAUUCUAUUCUCUCCAUGAUCUCAUGUUCCCAGGGCAUGGUAGUGCAUCAUUCUUUGUCAUCAUAUCCAGUUUAUUUAGGAAACCAAACAACAGAGAACCAAAGAACCCAAUGGAGAUAGAAGAGGACCUUCAGUAUUGGCUCAGGUUCAUAGUCUCAAAUUCAAGAAGGGCUGUUCAGCAAUGCAUGCUACCAAAUGUAACAGUCGUACUCACGCACUAUGACAAAAUCAAUCAGCCAUCACAAAACUUGCAGGUUGCAGUUAACUCAAUUCAGAGAUUGCGAGACAAGUUCCAGGGAUUCGUUGACUUCUACCCAACAGUGUUCACAGUUGAUGCAAGAUCAUCAGCAUCAGUGAGUAAACUCACUCAUCACCUUCUAAAGACAAGCAAGACAGUUCUUCAAAGAGUCCCAAGAAUCUAUCAGCUUUGCAAUGAUCUGACACAAAUAUUAUCAGAUUGGAGAUCAGAGAACUACAACAAGCCAGCUAUGCAGUGGAAGGAGUUUAAUGAGCUAUGCCAAGUCAAGGUUCCAUCCUUAAGAAUUCGAUCGAGACAUGACAACAAAGAGAAGGUGGAAAUGAGGCGGCGGGUUGUUGCUACUUGUCUUCAUCACAUAGGAGAGGUAAUUUAUUUUGAUGAACUGGGGUUUCUAAUCUUAGAUUGUGAGUGGUUCUGUGGUGAGGUGCUUGGCCAACUAAUAAGACUGGAUGCAAGAAAUCAAAGCUCCACAGAGAAUAAUGGAUUCAUCAGCAAGAAAGAUUUGGAGAAGAUUCUAAGAGGAAGCUUACAGAGUCCGAUUCCUGGAAUGGGUUCAAAGGUAUUUGAGAACUUAGAGGGCAGUGACCUUGUGAGAAUGAUGCUUAAACUAGAAUUAUGCUAUGAACAAGACCCAUCAGAUCCUAAAUCCUUGCUGUUGAUCCCCUCAAUUCUCGAAGAAGGAAGAGGAAAGCCACAAAGAUGGCAAUUAAGCAGACCUGAGUGCCUUUAUGCAGGGAGGCAUCUUGAAUGUGAUGAUUCAAGCCACAUGUUCCUCACACCAGGCUUCUUUCCUAGAUUACAGGUGCAUCUGCAUAACAGAAUCAUGGCCUUGAAGAACCAACAUGGAGCGACUUACAGUCUUGAGAAGUACCUAAUCUCCAUAAAUAUAAAUGGAAUCUAUAUCAGAGUAGAAUUGGGAGGACAGCUGGGUUACUAUAUUGAUGUCCUCGCAUGCUCUACCAAGAACCUGACAGAAACCCUUAGGCUCAUCCAGCAGCUUAUAAUACCAGCAAUUCAUAGCCUCUGCCAUGGUAUCACCUUGACUGAAAAUGUGAUAAGACCAGAAUGUGUGCAAAAUCUCACACCUCCCAGAUACAGGAAAACACAAUUUGCUUCAUUGCAACAAUUAAAACAGGCACUACUUUCUGUUCCUGCGGACAGCAUGUAUGAUUACCAGCAUACCUGGGAUCCAAUCUCCGACUCUGGAAGGCAAAUCCUAAGAGCUGGUUUUGAUUUGGCCCGAGACCUCCUAUCAGAUGAUGACUUCCGUGAAGUACUGCACCGGAGAUAUCAUGACCUAUACAACCUUGCUCAGGAACUGCAAAUCCCACCUGAGAAUGACCCGGAUGGACCAGAGAAUGCUUUAUCAACAAGUGACCAGCCUGACAAAGUUGAUCCAACUUUUGGUGGAAUUGCCAAAGGGGUUGAAGCAGUUUUGCAGAGACUGAAGAUCAUAGAGCAAGAAAUCAGAGACCUGAAACAGGAGAUCCAGGGGCUGAGAUAUUAUGAGCAUAGACUCCUUUCUGAGCUUCAUCGCAAAGUCAAUUACCUUGUGACAUACAAUGUCCAAAUUGAAGAGAGGAAAGUACCGAAUAUGUUCUACUUUGUUAGAACAGAAAACUACUCAAGGAGAUUGGUCACCACCAUGAUUCCUGGCAUGAAUGCUCUUCGACUGCACAUGUUAUGUGAAUUUCGACGAGAAAUGCAUGUUGUUGAAGAUCAGGUAGGGUGUGAAAUGAUGCAGGUUGAUAACAGGACCGUGAAGUCUUUGGCACCAUACACCACAAAGUUCAUGAAACUGCUAACAUUUGCUCUCAAGAUAGGAGCCCAUCUAGCCGUUGGCAUGGGUGAAAUGAUACCUGAUUUAAGCAGGGAAGUUGCCCACCUGGCUGAUUCUUCCCUCCUAAUUGGAGCAGCAGGGGCAGUUGCUGCUGGUGCUGUUGGGGCUGCAGCAAUUGGGCGUGCAGAGGGAAGGAACAGAAGUAGGGCUGCAGAAAGCUCAAGAGAUAUCCAGCAAGAUCAAAGAACAGCACAACAAUGGGUUCUGGAUUUCCUAAGGGACCGGAGAUGCUCAACUGGAAAGGAUAUAGCAGAGAAGUUUGGUUUAUGGAGAGUGAGGUACAGAGAUGAUGGUCAGAUUGCAUGGAUCUGUAGGAGGCAUAUUAACCUCAGAGCACAUGAAAUAAUUGAAGUGCCACUUUGA